AUGCACGCAAGAAAGGGAUUGGGCGCCCAGGCUGUGGUGACCCCAAUUGGGCGAGCAAGCCAGGUACGCAAGUGUAUGGGCUUGCCUCGGGGCGCCGCUAACGUGCAAGCUAGGCGCAUUGGAGCAUACGCUGUGGAGAGGCUAGCAAGCCAGGUGAGCGAGGCUACUGAGGCGAUGAUUCCUGUUAGGAGAGCAGGCUGUGCACCUUGGCAGUCUUGUCAAAUAGGAGUUUAUGGAGAGCCCUCGCGCAAGAGCUGGGUACUAAGGAUGUCGAGACUGAGAUAG